AUGUCUGGCUCUCCUCCAGAGGAGCCCUCGGAGCCAUCCGCAGAGAAGCCUUUACAGCCUACAGAUCGGCCCGAACCUGUCCCUGGCCAGGACCUGGAGCCACUGCCACGACUGCCGUAUGAACAGGGGCCGGUAUACUCGGGAUCUCCCCGGCUUCCUGGGGCGCCAUAUCCACUCCCGGCACUAGACACUACCCCGACAGCAGCUCGGUCACUGGCGCAGAAAUCAACAAGGCGUACCAAAGCUCAUGUAGCAUCGGCCUGUGUCAAUUGCAAGAAGAAGCAUUUGGGAUGCGAUCCGGCUCGCCCAUGUCGAAGAUGCGUGCUGGCUGGCAAAGCCUCGACAUGUGUGGAUGUCACCCACAAGAAACGAGGACGACCCCCACUAAAAGCGGAGGACUCAUCCCUACGGUCUUAUACCACGCAUCUAGAGAACCCAGCUAUCCCAGCUGAGGCCCAACCAGCCAUGCAACCUCGCCGGACAGCCAUGCACAGGGCUACUUCUUCACGAGAAUUAAGACCCAUGACCGAUCUCCAAGGACUGGAUGCAAGCCCAGCACGAACACCACACCGCUGGUCCGCCUCAGUAUUCCCUCUAACCCGACCUAUGGAUCCAAUCCCAGGCGUGAGUCGACGACCAUUCUCUUCAUCCGGACCAACCCAUUCAGUCCCCACCCAUCCACCACCAGCAUACCUCUCAAUGGCAGGGGGAUUCAGCCCAGCCCUCAAAGUAAACACAAUGGCCGGCAUGGAGCGACGAUUCCCAACAUACGGCGUCCCAGCAUUACCACCACCGACUUCACCGCCGCAAUACCAACCCCCAGGCGUGCCCACGAGCUUUCUCCCAUACGCAGAGUCCCCAAACAGCACCAAUGCAAUCCGCCCAUCAAUAAGUGACCCCCGAGUCCAAGUCCCGCAAACACUCUCCCCAAGAGAUCCCUACACAAUCGAAUCCCCAGUCCGACUGCCCCCAAUCCAUCAAGCAACAGCAGGACCAGGACCACCCCCUCCGCCCCAUCACGUCCACCGAUUAAGCGAUCCAUAUCCAACCUCCUGGGCCAUCCCAGGCCGAGAUGAAAGCCUCUACGAGCCACGGCCCCUCCCACUCCACAGAUCUGCAGGCCCGACAUUCAACUAUUCCCUGCCACACCAACAGACACAUUCACACGCGCACCUGCACCAACGGUCAGGGUCUUUUACAGGCUCUAUAGAUCCCAUACCACGACAUCUAGGUCCGGUGGAGCUACCAUCACCUAUCCCAAUGACAGCGGGGGUGUCGCCUUCAAUGCCGCGGGCUGAAGCGCCACCUUCUGAUCCAGAGGGCGAGAAUAGACCUAUUAAACGGCGCAAGAUGGCGCUGGAUGAUAUGGUUAAUGGUUGA